AUGGCGGCAAAAACGGGGUCUCUCUUCCAUCUCUCACUGAAACCUCUUCAACAAACGCUGCAUCCACAAAGCUCUCAGCGCUGUGGAGGAUCCGUCACAUCCAUCGUGUGGAUGCUUUACUUUCCUGCCGUCUGGGAGAAGGAGAGACGUGCUACCGACCGUCCUUCUCUAAUGCGACGCUUUUUGUGUAGUCUAUGUCUGUGCUGGCCGUUCGGUCGAGUUCGUUCUCAGACGUCUUUUCAGGAUGUCUGUGGUGGCGAGACCGAACCGGAGGGCAGCGUGGACGCAGAGAACCAGAUAGUUAUGGAGGGAUACUUGUUCAGGAGGGCCAGUAAUGUCUUUAAAACAUGGAACAGGCGCUGGUUCCUGAUUCAGAACAACCACCUUAUGUACAAGAAGAAAUCCGGGAAUAUCAUGGUGGUCAUAGCUGAUUUACGCCUGUGCACGGCCAAACACUACAAGAGCAUUGGACGCCGUUGCUGCUUCCAGGUGGUUUCACCUACAAAGAUCUGGGUAUUGCAGGCCGAUUCAGAGGAGAAUAGAGAGGCUUGGAUCAUAACCAUUCAGAACAUGGUUGCUAACACCGAUGGUGACAGAACAGACGACUCCAUCACUUCCCAAUCAAAUGAGGUGGUGGAUUUGAGCCCAAAACAGGAAGGAUCCAGUAGCUCCUCUGAAUCACGAGGAUCCCAACACACAGAGAGAGACUCGCUACGUCCACGAUCCGCUUCUGGAACCUCAGCUGAGCUUAGUCUUGGUGAAAUUGUGCUGGAAUCGGCUGCUGUGUUGGAUUCCCUCUCUGAUGCUUCUCUAGCGAGCAGUGUCGAGAGCAUUGACGGUACAGUUGGAGGGACCUCACACAUCGAAGAUAGCCCGGAGGAACUGAGCACCAGCACUUCCUGCAGCAACUUCAUCCACACAGCUGGUGAGAAGAGCACGACUACAGGAAAGCACUCUGUCCAGAGAGGCAGCGCUCCUUCCAAAGAGUGCUUCGAUAGCCUGUACGGAGUCGGAAAGCUUCUGGGCAAAGGAGGCUGCGGUUCUGUGUUUGCAGGACUUCGUAAGGCCGAUGGAAAACAGGUUGCUAUUAAGAUUGUGCUGAAGAGUGGCUGUGACAGAUUCAUCACCAUUCCUGGUGAGAAGAACGGUCUCCCUGUAGAGGUGGCGUUGAUGCUGAUGGUGUCCGAGCCACCUUGCUGCGAACACGUCCUGGAGCUCCUGGAAUGGUUCGACAUGCCCGAGUGCUACGUCUUGAUCCUGGAGCGACCCGCCCGCUGCAUGGACCUCUUCGAAUACCGCAGGAACGGCUCACUUCCCGAACGUCUGGCUCAGGUCAUCAUGUGGCAGGUGGUUCUCGCCGCCCGUCAUUGCCGUGAUCGCGGGGUUCUCCAUCGGGAUAUCAAGGAGCAGAACCUUCUGGUCAGUUUCGACACGUUAGAGGUCAAGCUCAUAGACUUUGGCUGUGGGGACUUGCUCAAGUCGACCCCCUACAGACGUUUUGCAGGCACCAUACUAUACGCCCCACCUGAAUGGAUCGAGGAAGGUAGGUAUCAUGGUUGCGCUGCAACGGUGUGGAGCCUGGGCGUCCUUUUGUUUGUUUUAGUGUGUGGAGAGCUGCCAUUCUGGAAUGAGAGGGAGAUUGCUGCUGGACAUCUGAUCUUCAAAGCUGGUGUGUCUAAGGCCUGCCGUCAUCUGAUAAGACGCUGCCUGGCCAAGGAUCCGAAUGAGCGACCCAGCCUCGAGAUGAUGCUGGAGCACAACUGGUUUUCAGAGAUCCUUAGGAACUAAGUCCAGGCACCUGUAUGGGUUUGUAGCAGACGGAUCAUGGCACAGGUCUGCUACAAGAACACAUCCAGAGGUUUUUAGCUGAGGUUCAGAUCACCUCCAUUCCUCAACACUGUGUACAUACCACGCCAGAUCAGAAAGAAAGCCCCAUCAAUGAACAAGUCUAACCUACUGGAAGAAGCAACCAGAUCAGAUUUGGGCCUAAGCACCUUGAUACCUGGCAGAAGAUGAAAUGACUUUGAGUCACCACAACAAUCUAUGAUCAACGACCACGUCUGUCGUCCAGAAAGCACUUUGACCUUCUCUGUGGUGGUGUAUGAGACGAGAGAUGAAACAAAACCAAUAAAAUAUUGAAUAAAACUGUGUUUGUA